UUAAUUAAUGACAACUAAACAUUUCUUCUUAAAAAUACUACAAAAUAUUAUAUUUACUUAUUAGUUUAUAACCAUGAGUUUGUGGGUUGAUAAACACCGUCCAAGAGACUUGUCGAAAUUGGAUUAUCACAAAGAGCAAGCCCAACAAUUAAAAAACAUCGCUAAUCAAGGUGACUUUCCCCAUUUACUAUUUUUCGGCCCCCCUGGAUCAGGAAAAAAGACUCGAAUAAAUUGCUUACUCAAAGAACUAUAUGGCUCCGGCGUAGAACGCUUACGAAGCGAAGUAAUGCAAUUCAUGACUCCUUCUAACAGAAAAGUAGAUAUAAUGACUGUUGGAAGUAAUCAUCAUAUAGAAGUUUCUCCUUCUGAUGCAGGAAUUUAUGAUCGUGUUGUUGUCGUUGAUUUAGUGAAAGAAAUUGCGCAAACACAUCAACUAGACUCUACAAGACCUUUUAAAGUAAUAGUUCUAACUGAGGUUGAUGAUUUAACCAAAGAUGCUCAGCAUGCUUUACGUAGAACCAUGGAAAAAUAUGUAGCUACAUGCCGCAUUAUUCUAUGUGUCAAUUCUACCUCACGUGUUAUCCCUGCUAUUAGAAGUCGUUGCCUUGGUAUAAGAGUACCAGCACCUACAAAAGAAGAAAUCGUUUCAGUAUUGAAAUAUACGACAAAGAAAGAAAGCCUUCAAUUACCAAUUGAGCUGGCAGAAAGAAUUGCAGAAAAAUGUAAUGGCAACUUACGAAGAGCAAUCUUAAUGUGUGAAGCAUGCAGAGUAGAGAAGUAUCCUUUUUCUGCUAAUCAGUCUGUGACUGAGCCUGAUUGGGAAGUAUUUUUGAAGGAAACAGCCAAGCUAAUCGUUGCCGAGCAGAGCCCAGCAAAACUUGAUAAAGUAAGGGAUAGAUUGUAUGAACUCUUAGCACAUGCUGUCCCUGCAACUAUCAUUUUUGAAAGACUGGUUAAAGAAUUGGUUAAAAAUUGUGAUAUGCAAAUGAAAGCUGAAGUCAUACAACAAGCUGCACAUUAUGAACAUAGGAUGCAAACAGGAUCUAAACACAUUUUUCACUUAGAAGCAUUUGUUGCUCAUUUUAUGUUUAUUUAUAAGAAAUUUUUGUCAUCUAUGAUGGAAUUUUAAAAUAUUCAAGAAGAUAAUAACGAUUUUUGUAAACUUUUUUGUAUGUUAAUGAAAAUAAUCCUUCCUUUAAUACAG